AUGACUUCUGCGUUCCGCCGGCUGCCUUGCCAGCUGAGCAGGCUUGCCACGCCAAAUCCGAUCGCGACCUCAACCUCCCUCUCCAUCUCCCUUCGCACCACUUGGCGAUCCAAAACCCUGUCAACAUGUCGCCCUCCCCUCAUUGCUAUUCGGCCAUUCAGCCACUCCCCUGUAAUACGGAGGGAUGUAUCAGCAGAAAAGCCACACUCCUCGAAUCCCAAUGGCCUCGACCCUGAUGAGCAGGAAGUCAGGGUCAAGGAGAAGCAAGUCAAGCGGCCAUGGAUGCGAGAAGACGCGGACAAGCCUCCAGCCGCUCAAGAUCCAGAUGCCAAUACUAAUACGAAAGGCAAGCUCUUGACGACACCAACUCGACUCCUGAAGCUCAUCGUCCCCCUCCCCAUAAGCGUUGAGAAGGAUAGAGAGAACAACACCAAGGAUUACGGCCGCGCCAUCUCAGUUAAUGACAGCAUCCAACCACUCGCACUCCUCAUCCACCCUCAACAGCCCCUAUCCUACGUCGAGCGACUGAUCCAGGCAGAGCUCCCUCCCGUGGUAGAAGACGGCAAGGAGAAGAUCCCCAACAUCUACUUCCGGGCAGAGGACUCUGCCGCGUCCGAGAACCGACCCACCACCCGCAAAGAAGCCCGCGCCAGGGACAGGGAUGACGACGAGAAGGGAAAACUACAGCAUGAAGAUAGAGACACCCCCGAAAACCCGCACGUGGCGUCAUACUCCGGGCUGGGCCACGAGGCCGAGGACACGCACAGCGACAAGGACAAGGCGUGGGUGCGGUGGAGCAGCAGCACCGAGAUGGGCGACUUCAUCCGCGACGCGGCAAGGGGCCGCGAGUUCGCCAUCGAGGUCGAGGGCUACAACCUGGAGAUGCGCGUGUCGGUGCCGAGCUUCAACGACCGCACAUACUACAUGCGCAUGCGGCUGCGGCGCAUGUCGCGCCAGAUCGAGGAGCUGGCGGGGAUCAAGCGCGAGUGCGACGAGGUCGCGCACCGCUCCGCGCACCGCCUCGCCCAGGGCGGGUUCGCCGCCCUCGCCGGCUGGUGGGGCGUCGUCUACUACGUCACCUUCCAGACCGAGUGGGGCUGGGACCUGGUCGAGCCCGUCACCUACCUCGUCGGCCUGACCACCAUCAUGGGCGGCUACCUGUGGUUCAUGUACAUCAGCCGCGACCUGUCUUACAAGGCCGCCAUGAACGUCACCGUGAGCAAGCGCCAGAACGCCCUCUACGAGACUCGCGGCUUCGACAUGCACCGCUGGGAGCAGCUCGUUAACGAGGCGAACGGCCUCCGUAGGGAGAUCAAGACCAUCGCUGCCGAGUACGACGUCGACUGGGACGAGAUGAAGGACCUCUCGUACUCGAAGCGCGUCAAGAAGGUCCUGGAGAAGGAGAAGGAGAAGCGGGGCAAUGCCCGUGAUGAUGAUGAUGAGGAAGGCGAUGAAGAGGAGUAUGAUGCCGAGGAGGAGCAGGUCAAGAGUGAGAUGGUUCGUGGAGGUGGUGCUGGUGGUGGUGGGGACGGCAAGAAGAGAGAGUAA